CCAUCUUCAUCUUAUUCAUUCUCAUUCUCCUUCCUUCUUCCUGUUACAAUGGCCGACGAAGACUUCAACAACCUUCCAGAAGGUUGCAUUGCCACUAUCCUCUCCUUAACAUCUCCGAAGGAUGCUUGCAGGCUUUCCCUCGUUUCAUCAACUUUCCAAUCCGCCGCUGAAUCCGAUGCUGUCUGGCACAAGUUUCUGCCUUCCGAUUUCCACACCCUUCUUUCCCAAUCUCCCUCCUCAUCUUUCCCUUCCAAGAAGCACCUCUAUAUCCACCUCUGCCACAACCCCCUCCUCAUUGAUCAUGGCAAAAAGAGCUUUCAACUGGAUAAAGUGUACGGAAAGAAAUGCUACAUGCUAUCAGCCAGGACUCUGUUCAUUGUAUGGGGAGAUACUCCCAGGUAUUGGGGGUGGACUUCGCUACCAGAUGCCAGGUUUUCUGAGGUGGCUGAGCUUGUGAGUGUGUGUUGGUUGGAAAUCCGGGGGUGGAUAAACACUGGCAUGCUGUCCCCUAAGACACUGUAUGGGGCAUACCUUGUGUUCAAGCCAAGCCCUGCAGGAAUCUUCGGGUUCGAUUACCAGUCAGUGGAAGUGUCUGUUGGGAUUGCCGGAGGUGAAGCUUCCAAACGAACCGUUUUCUUGGAUGCUGAAAGAGGACGGAGGCUAAGGUACCAGAUUGUUCCUCGCCGGGCUGGCAUAUUCAACCGUGCACGUUUUCUUACCAGUGUUGAGACACCCCCUGCACAACACAACAGCAACAUCAAUAAUAACAACAACAGUAGUAACAACAACAACAGUGUUGAUCUUCAGUACCCAAAGGAGAGAGGAGAUGGGUGGAUGGAGGUGGAAUUGGGAGAUUUCUUCAACGAUGGAGAAGAUGACAAGGAAGUGGAAAUGGGUGUUUGUGAGAUCAAGAGUGGUGAUUGGAAAGGUGGUCUUUUUCUUCAAGGAAUCGAAAUAAGGCCUAAAACAGUACCCUCCAUUAGUUAAGUCUUGCUUCUCGUACACAUGUUCUCUUCGAUUGUGUUCAAUUUUGAAGCUUCCAUUAGUAAACUAAAUUGUUGCCAUGCUAAUGAAUUGUUUGAACUCGACUUGGGAUUUGUUUGUUCCUUUUGUCCUGCUACACUGAUUUAUGUUUAUCUUGUAAAACAUUUUAUACUUCAUUUGUCAAUAAUAUAUGAAGAUUUUUGUCAGAA